AUGGCACUGGGGCUGCAGCGCGCAAGGUCCAGCACCGAGCUGCGCAAGGAGAAGUCCCGGGAUGCGGCCCGCAGCCGGCGCAGCCAGGAGACCGAGGUGCUGUACCAGCUGGCACACACGCUGCCCUUCGCGCGCGGCGUCAGCGCCCACCUGGACAAAGCCUCCAUCAUGCGCCUCACUAUCAGCUACCUGCGCAUGCACCGCCUCUGUGCCGCAGGGGAGUGGAACCAGGUGGGAGCAGGGGGAGAGCCACUGGAUGCCUGCUACCUGAAGGCCCUGGAGGGCUUCGUCAUGGUGCUCACCGCCGAGGGAGACAUGGCUUACCUGUCGGAAAAUGUCAGCAAACACCUGGGCCUCAGUCAGCUGGAGCUCAUCGGACACAGUGUUUUCGAUUUCAUCCAUCCCUGCGACCAAGAGGAGCUCCAGGAUGCCCUGACCCCCAGCCCAAGCCUGUCCAAGAAGAAGCCCGAGGCCCCCACGGAGCGGUGCUUCUCCUUGCGCAUGAAGAGCACCCUCACCAGCAGGGGGCGCACCCUCAACCUCAAGGCAGCCACCUGGAAGGUGCUGCACUGCUCCGGACAUAUGAGGGUCUACAAGCCCCCCGCACAGCCUUCCCCCGCCGGGAGCCCCGGCUCCGAGCCCCCGCUGCAGUGCCUGGUGCUCAUCUGUGAAGCCAUCCCCCACCCAGGCAGCCUGGAGCCCCCGCUGGGCCGGGGGGCCUUCCUCAGUCGCCACAGCCUGGACAUGAAGUUCACCUACUGCGACGAGAGGAUCGCAGAGGUUGCUGGCUAUAGCCCCGAGGACCUCAUCGGCUGUUCUGCCUACGAGUACAUCCACGCCCUGGAUUCCGACGCCGUCAGCAGGAGCAUCCACACCUUGCUGAGCAAGGGCCAGGCAGUAACUGGGCAGUAUCGCUUCCUGGCCCGGAGCGGUGGCUACCUGUGGACCCAGACCCAGGCCACGGUGGUGUCAGGGGGCCGGGGCCCCCAGUCAGAGAGCAUCGUCUGCGUGCACUUCCUGAUCAGCCGAGUGGAAGAGACGGGUGUGGUGCUGUCCCUGGAGCAGACGGAGCAACACUCUCGCAGACCCCUGCAGGGGGGUGCCCUCUCUCAGAAGGACGCCCCUAAUCCUGGGCACAGGCUUGAUGCCCCUGGCCCCCGCCUCCUGGCCUUCCUGCACCCCCCUUCCCUGAGCGAGGCCACCCUGGCCGCUGACCCCCGCCGUUUCUGUAGCCCUGACCUCCGCCGCCUCCUGGCACCCAUCCUAGAUGGAGCUUCGGGAGCUGCCACCCCCAGCACCCCGCAGGCUGCGCGGCGUCCCCAGAGCCCUCUUCCGGCUGAUCUCCCAGGUGAACCACCUGUGGGCGUGGAGAACGCGCGCGGGCUCUUCCCCAGCGGGAGAAUCCUCGGGGCAGCGGAGACGGAGCUGGCCGCAGCUCAGGACGCCGAUGCUCUGGACUUGGAGAUGCUGGCCCCUUACAUCUCCAUGGACGACGACUUCCAGCUCAGCGCCAGCCAGCAGCCUCCCAGCGCCUACCACAGACCCCGAGGGGCUGUGCGCCGGCCCCGCGCGCGGAGCUUCCACGGCCUGUCGCCCCUGACCCCCGAGUCCUCCCUGCUGCCCCGCUGGGGGAGUGACCCCCGUCUGAACUGCUCCAGCCCCUCCAGAGGGGACCCCUCAGCAUCCGGCCCCACGGCUGGGGCUCGGAAGAGGGCCCUGGCCCACAGCCCAGUGGACGAGGGGGUGGAGCUGCUGGGAGUGAGACCCCCCAAGCGGCCCCCCAGCCUAGAGCCCGAAAGCUUCCUGCUGCCUCCCCUCAGCCUGAGCUUCCUUCUGACAGGAGGAGCAGCCCCGGGGAGCCAGCAGGAUCCCAGCAGCCGCCUCCUGGACGUGAACGAGCCCUGGGGCCUGGGCCCCUCGCUGCUCCCUCUCUGUCCAGGCCAGGAUCCUGUCCAGCCCAGGAGCCACUUCCAGGCAGCGGCAGGAUUGGCCCAGACCCGCUGA